AUGCACGCAAUAGAGAACUUUCCUCGGGUUGAACGGCAGAAACUCAUUAAAGACACAUACGCGAAGAUCCUGCAUCUUCCCGGCCGACGCACUUACUCCGUCGGCAUCAAGCGCAUCUGCGAGCAUGCAGACCAAAUCUUCACCGGUGAAGCCAACACGUUGGAUUUGCUGAUGCAAAACAACAUCCUCGCGAGCUUCGACGGGAGCAGCCUCCCUCCCUAUUCCGUCUAUACCUUUACCGAUAUCUCCGCGGGCUUCUUCACGCAGGCCAAAGAAUGGUUCACCUACGCGCCCAACAUGGAGUUCCGGAUCUUCGACAUCUCCCAAGACGGUCUCGCCCAGGGCUUCGAAGCCGCGUCCUACGACCUCAUCCUCGCACCGAAUGUCGUGCACGUAACCGCACCCUUGAAGGAAACGCUGUCGAACCUGGAGCCGCUGCUCAAGCCCGAUGGUUUCAUCAUCCUGACUGAACUGUGCUCCCUCGUCAAGUCGCCCAACUACAUCUUUGGCAACUUCCCGGAGCGGUGGGAUGUUGAACUGAAGGCGGCCGGCUUCACCGGUGUUGACGCCGUUGUGCCGGACCAGGGCGUACCUUCCUACCGGCUGGCGGCCACCAUCAUCUCCCAGCCUGCGCGGAAGGCCGAUGUGCCGGAAAUCGACCGAGCGGUCACCUUGCUAUGCCAGAGCGCGGACGCAGACAUUGUGAAGCGACUCCAGUUGUAUCUGCGGGACGGUGGCCGGCAGGUCGAGAGGUGCCGGCUGGGGGAAGAGAUGCCGCCCAAGGGCCGGGACAUCAUCGCCAGCGUCGGAUUAGAUAGUGACUUCUUUAGUGAAGACCUGUCGCCUGAUUGGCUGGCCGCAGUCCAGGCCCUGAUCCGACACGUAGAUGCUGAGAAGGUUCUAUGGCUGUGUCCGCCAUUCCAGGUGCGGUGCAAUGACCCGCGGUCUGCGCAGACGCUCAGCGUUGCUUGA